UGUCCAACUGCGCUAUCCUUAUACUCACAUCCUUCCACAUUAGAAAGGCACAGUUUCUUGGAAUAUUAAUAUAUCGGGCACGCGCCAGGUCCCAAUAAAUAGGGGCCUAAAUGCAACGAUCGGGUAGACUGUAGCGGGUGGUGGUCGAGGUGUGAACAUCAAAGCUUGAACAUGUCAAUAACGCAAUGGAUACUGUUGACCUGCGUAUUUUACGUGCAAACGAAAGCGUCCCCAUUCCUGCUAACAGAUCACUAUAUCAACACCUACAUAAAGGGAAUUGCCGAUCUGAAACAAUCGGCUAAUCAACACGUUCAUUACGAGAACCAAGAAGAGUACGCCAAAUACCACGAGUUGGUCCCCAUAACAGACGACGUAGAGUACGAUUUUAUCGUAGUGGGCGCUGGAGCGUCGGGUUCGGCUUUAGCGAACCGUCUGUCGGAAGUACCCGAAUGGAAAGUACUACUGUUAGAGGCCGGCGGUGCUGAAACGCAGUUCACCCAAAUUCCCUCGUUGUCCUCCUACCUUCCCAACACCGAGUACAAUUGGGGAUAUAAAACGGUACCGCAACACUCUUGGUGCCUGGGCAACAUCAACCACACAUGCGCAUGUCCCACGGGAAAAUCUCUGGGAGGUUCAACCGCGAUCAACUCAAUGGUCUACACCAGAGGCAACCGAAAGGACUACGACCUGUGGGCCGACCUUGGCAACGACGGGUGGUGCUACGACGACGUCUUGCCCUACUUCAAAAAGUCAGAGAACGCCCAUCUCAAGAGCUUCGACAGGAAAUAUCACAGCCAGGGCGGACCGGUCCAAGUCGAAGACCCACAGCAUGUCACCAACCUGUUGGAGACCUUCCUCGAGGCGGGAAAGGAGAUCGGUGCCCAAAUUGUAGACUACAACGGUCACGAGCAGCUGGGUUUUUCCAAGGUGCAGACAACAACGAGAAAUGGCAAACGUCACAGCGCCGCGCAAGCGUAUUUGGCACCCAUCAAGGAGAGGCAUAACCUCAUUGUCAGCCCUCAAAGCCGCGUGACCGAAAUCAUAAUCAAUCCGCACACCAAAGAGGCUGCAGGUGUAAAAUACGUCCACGACAGUAAACUUCGCAUCGCCAAAUCGAGCAAGGAAGUCAUCCUAUCAGCCGGUGCCCUCAACUCGCCCCAGCUUCUGAUGCUUUCCGGCGUCGGUCCGCAAGCCGAACUCGAGAAAUUACACAUUCCCGUCAUCUGCGACCUUCCAGUCGGAAAACAACUGAAAGACCACAUCGGAUUCCUCGGAAUUAACUACGUGGCGAACGCGACCCAUCCGAAACUGGACGAGCACGAGGAAAUCGUCCAAUGGUUAAAACACGGGGCUGGUCCGCUCUCCAGUCUGAGCAUUGAAGGUCUUGCCUUCGUCAAAACAAAUCAUUCGAAAGAUCACGGCCACUAUCCCGACGUCGAGUUGCUUUUCGCACCCACCUUGCAUUUCUCGGGCGAAAACGCGCGCAAAACUUUGGGCCUGAGCAAGGAGGUGUACGAGUCAACCUACGGGGCGCUUGAGGGGCACACUGUCGUCUCCAUUGUUGUUAGCGCGACACACCCUAAGUCACGGGGCUCGUUGAGCCUCCGCUCGAAAAACCACUUCGACGCACCACUGAUCGACCUAAACCAGCUGAGCGACGGCGAAGACCACGAUAUCGGCGCGAUGCUAGCAGGCAUCCACAAGGCGACCGAGCUUUUGGAGACGACCGCGUUUGCCAAGUUAAACGGGCACCUGCACAGGCAACCCGUUGCCGGCUGUACGGAUUACGAGUUCGCCACCGACGAAUACUGGACAUGCGCAGUGAGACACUUCUCGAGAAGUCUUCGACACCAGACGGGAACGUGCAAGAUGGGUCCGCGCAGCGAUAAAUCCGCCGUUGUCGACAAGAACCUGAACGUGUACGGGGUGCAGAAGUUAAGGGUGGCAGAUACCAGCGUCAUACCCGUUAGUAUUACGGGUCAUCUCCACGGGCCCGCCGUUAUGAUUGGCGAAAAGGCGGCGGAUAUUAUUAAGAAGUAUUGGGCGUAAUUAAUCAGUCGCUCCUAAUAUCACAAGUUAUCAGGUGCGCAGAAGGGGCACUUAGAAGACGUAAUGAAAUUAGAUGUGCAAUGUAAAUAAAUAUUUAG